AAUUUAUACAAUUUUUUCGCAGCUAAUCCACAGGAUAGCUUUUUGUUGAAGCCUCUAAAAAUUGCAUCUUUUUCGUUUUUUCAAACCAAACACCGGCGGUAAAAAUAAAGCAUGGGCUCUCCCCCGCCGCCUCCUUAAACCCUAAACCCUAACCUCUCCGUUCCAUGCCCUGUCAUCAACCUCGCCAACUCAACAGAACCCUGGAAUCCCUCUCCAACGCCGGCGACCACUUCUCCAAGCUCUGCUCCGCCGCCGCCUCCCACCGCCGCCCUCCUCCGACCUCCGCCCUCAACAAAACCCUAAAAUCCCUCUCUCGCUCCGGCAACGCCGACGAACUCCUCGACCUCGCCGCCAAAUCCCCCAACCUCUCCUCAAAAGUCUUCUUCUUGAACACCCUCAUCAACGCCUUCAUCGUCUCCAAAUGCCGCCAUAAAGCCCGUGCCGCCUUCGCCCAUCUGAAACAAACCGGUGUAACCCUGACGAAUCCGUCUUAUUCUAUUAUCUUAAAGCUCCAGUUUUUGUUUGAGACCGAUUCGGAAUCGCCAUAUUCGAUUAUGGGAGCUAUGGUGAAGUGUGGAUGUAAACCUGAUGCGAUUACGUACUCGACAUUGAUUUCUGGGCUGUGUAGAGUUGGGAGGAUUGAAGAGGCCUGGGGGUUUGUGGACAAAAUGGAAGAGGAGAAUUGCCCGCCUACUGUUCGAUGUUAUACCUCAAUUGUUUUCGGGUAUUGUAAUUUCGGGAGGAUCGAUGAUGCAAAGUGUUUGAUUGAUAGAAUGGGGAGUUUUGGGUGUUCUCCGGAUACUGUAACUUAUACGAUAUUGAUAGAUGCAAUGUGCAAAAGGGGAGGUUUUGAUGAGGUGAGGAGAGUUUUGGAGGAGAGUGAAUUGAAUGGGUGGAAGCCGAAUGAGAUCACAUAUCAUGUUUAUAUCAAUGGGCUCUGUAAGGUAGGAGAGGUUGAUGAGGCUUUUCGGCAGUUGGAUACUAUGAGGGAUCGGGGGUUGAGCCCAUCAUUGGAGACUUUGCACAGACUGUUUGAUUCUCUAUCUUGUGAUUUGAGUGAAGAAAAUUUGUGGAAGGUGAUAGAAUUGUUGAGCUGGGAUGUCGAUGCGUUCUUUUAUAAUACAUUGGUGGGUAAAUUUUGUCAAAAUGGUAGUUGGUUAACUGUGCUCAAGCUUCUAGCUGCAAUGUUGAAGAAGGGAAUGCUAGAUAUUUGUACAUAUACUGUAGUGAUUAAUAGCCUUUGUAAGAGAAAGAUGUUGGGAGAAGCAAAAUAUGUCUUUUGCAGUAUGGAUUUUGAAGCUGAUGCUGUGGCAUUUAACACUUUGCUUAUGGGUUUUAACAGGGCAAGAGAGUUCAAUGAAGUUUACUUAUUAUUUGACUUGGUUGGGAAGAAUAUCACCCUUAAUGAAUAUUCAUAUGUUAUCUUGAUUGACAGCCUUUGUCGAGAGAAAAGAUUUCAAGAAGCUGUUGACUAUAUUUUUCAGUCGAUCAGAAAAGGUUUCUUGCCAAAUUUGAUUACUCGUCCAGUAAGUUGGUUGGUUAAGGAUGGGAAACCGACAGAAAUAUUGAACCUGUUCGAAGAAAUGUUGGGACGAGGAUUAGUCCUAGAUGUUGGUGUAUUCAAUUCAUUAAUUAGGGCACUUUGCAAAAAAGGGCUUUGCCGAAGUGUAGACUCAGAUAAAUUUUAUCUUAUUUUUGACAUAAUGCUGGGAAUUAGGCAAUCACUUUCAACCUUGGACCAUGAAGAUGAGCUUACUGGAGGGAAAAUUGCAAGAAAAGCCUCUGAUAAAGUGUAGACUCGGAUAAAUUUUAUCUUAUUUUCAACAUUAUGUUGCGAAUAGACGAUCAUUCUCAACCUUGGAGCAUGAAGACGCACUUAUUGGAGGAAAAAGUUUAAGCUAAGAGAAGCUCUAGAAACUGCAAGGAAAGCUGAAGAAGUUGCGGAAAGAAAUUCAAGACAGCUGAAAAGAAUGUCACAGAAAUUUUAGCAAAGAAGAAGGUACAUUCCCAAGGAACCAGGUUUAAUAUCUGCUGAGGGAAACCAAUCUACUAGUUAUUAGGUACAUAAUACAUUGUAUAAUCAAUACUAAACUGGAGUUUGGAGGUGAUGAAGAGAUGGUCAUUGCGGAGGAGAGAAAGCGGUGUUGUAAAAUGGAAUAACUUUUUUGUACAUAAUACACUAUAAUAUCAAUCCUAAACUAGAGGUGAUGAAGAGAGGAUCAAUGCGGAGGAAAUACUGGCCCUAACCACUUCUUCGAAGGGGAUAAUCUUUAUUUCAAAAUGAUGUACUCAUCUGUAAGACUUUAGCUAUAAAUCAAAGUGUUACAUUUUUCUUUAAUGUAUUCUUUAAAAUAAGUGUCAUACUUUUAUUUAACAUGUUGUGCUUUUUGUAAGAGUGCUUUACUGUAUCAUUAAGUGUUUCUGGCCUUUCUGUAAGUUUGUUAA